UCGCCAAUUUGCGAUCGACACCGGAGACAGCAGAAUUCUAGACUAUUUUGGAAUUUAGUAUUUACUAAAAUAAUAUGUAUUGAACUUUGUGAUAUCGCAGUCGUAUCACGUUUCAUGAAAGAACCGCUAAAGUUAAAUACUAAUAGUGAACAGUUUUAAUAUUUUCUGAGUGAGACUUAACCCCAAUUCAACUUCGUCAUGUCUGUCACUAGUCUGGAUACAAUUGAGAAUUUUCAAAACUUUAUUAGGACACCUGUGCUAACAGUAGUUCAUUUUUCUGCUGAUUGGGCAGAACAAUGUAAGCAAGUCACGGAAGUAUUGAAGGAACUGUUGAAGCUACCAGAAGUACAGUCCAAUGGUAGCAAGGUAGCUGUUUGUGAUGCUGAAAAGUUGUCUGAAAUCUCAUUGCAGUUUAAGAUUGACUCUGUACCAACAGUAAUAUUAUUUAGAAAUGGAACACAAAUAGACAGAGUUGAUGGUGCUGAUGCAGCACAAAUUACUUCCAAAGUUAAGGCCCAUAGUACAAAUAAGACUGCCCUCGGAGAUGUAGCUCCCGUGAAACUAGAAGACAGACUGAAAGCCUUGAUUAACAGACAUAAUGUUAUGGUCUUCAUGAAAGGCAACCGUGAGCAACCUAGAUGUGGAUUCAGCAGAACUUUAAUUCAAAUCCUUAAUGGAACGGGGGUGCCGUAUGAUACAUUUGAUAUACUGACUGAUGAGGAAGUCCGCCAAGGCCUAAAGCAGUACUCUGAUUGGCCUACCUACCCUCAACUAUAUGUCAAGGGAGAACUCAUUGGGGGACUGGAUAUAAUCAAGGAACUUCAAGCUAAUGGAGAAUUAGAUGCUACACUGAAGCCUUAAUGAAUGGUUUAAUCCAUUGUAGGAAUUUAAUUUAUUGCAAUAAAUGAUUGAUUUUUAUUAAAA